AUGUCUGAAGACUUGCCAGAAGACAUUGCAGGCAGCUCGCUCGAGUUUGAGCUUGCCGGUGAUGAGGAAGUCGAGGAGCCCUCUCCGUUGGAUAGAAUUCUAAACGACGGACGAAGUUUUAAUGGUGGAAAUUGGACGAGCGAGGAGUUGUACAGUCUUCUGGACGGUGUUAUCAAGUACGGCACGAAGCCAGUGGCCAUUAAUUAUAUUCAUAGAAAUAUGGUGAAGAAGAGGACGUGUGAAGAGAUUAAAGUGAAAAUCGACGAAAUCCGUGAGAUCAUCAAGGAGCAUAAGGAGAUAACUCUGCCAGAGGAGUAUAAAAAGAAGUGGAUUAAAAUGGGAUAUCGAAAUAUCGUACCGCCCGAGAAUUCUGAUGUGGAUCCAAAUGAGAAUUGGAGUCAUAUUAUGGGACAAGUGAUCACUCAUCAUCAAUCGUCCAUUAUGAAACAUUUUAAUCCGAUGAGAGAUGUGAUGGAGAAAGUAUUCGAACAGUUCGCAUUGGAGUCAAAGAUGGUAGAGGACAUCCGUGUGACAGAUAUGCAUACCGCCCGUGCGACACCAUCGGACACUCAGAAUCUCAGAUGGCCUCUCAUUUAUCAGUUUAUGAAGGCGUGCUCUGUGUUGGAAGAGCAGAUGCCUGCACUCAAUGAACUUGAAGCGGCGGUGGUUCUUCGAGUGUUGGAUUCAAUUGAAGACGAGGCGGCGACCAUUCCAGACUCUGAAAAGGCGAUCCUCACUGGACUGUUCACCGAAUGUCAAAUGGGUGAUUAUCGAUUGGUUGAACAGGAUUAUCCACCGAAUCUUCUCUCCACCACUCAACUAUUCGUCGAUCCACUUCGCACUCGUUUUCACGGAAUUCCAGAAGUCGGAGCGGAAGUCGAACUCGAUGAACACAAUCAGAAUGCGACGGCUGCUACUGAUGAUGAACCAUCCACAUCCGAUUCUAUCCCCUAA